AUGAGCGUCAGAGACGGCGACGACGAUGACGAAGACGACGAGGCCAGCGUCCGCGAUGAUCCAGUUGACCUACCAAAUCAGCUAACAGAUGAAAUUCAAACCCCACCGGAGUCGAAUUCAAAUCCUGACUGCCUUCUACCGUCCCCACGUAUGAGUCUCGCCGACGUGUUGGAAGCCGAACGGCAGUCUCGACCUACCACCCUGGCAGCUAAUGGUGGCGACUCGUUGACUUCUGCCAAUGAUAACGACGUUAGGCUGACAACAACCAUACCGGUGACGCCGGCGAGGGUGUCGUUGAUGAGAUUGCUGGAGGAAACGGACGAUCACGAUGAAAAGGAAGGAGGGGGGAUGGAUCCUGUGUGUUGCGUGUGUAUGAGAAGGAAGAAGGGUGCAGCAUUCAUACCGUGUGGACACACAUUCUGUAGGGUGUGUUCGAGGGAGUUAUGGUUGAAUCGAGGUUCGUGUCCACUUUGUAACCGUUCGAUUCUCGAGAUCCUUGACAUAUAUUAA